UUGGCAACCAUUUAAUACUUCAUUUUUGAGAAUAAUUUACAUUUUUUAUUCAAUUUUUAUGAUAUUAUUAAUAUUAACAACUGGAUUAGCCCUAAUAUGUUUAUUAGUAUUUUCUCCAACGAAUAAUAAAGAGUUAAUUGUAGAAAAUUCAUUUUUAUUGUUUACGCUAUUAAAUGGUUGGGUGAAAGCUGCGGUUAUUUUAUGCAAACAUAAAGAUAUUAAAAAUUUAUUGCACACAUUAUUGGAGGAUCAAUGUCAACCACAAGACAAAACUGAACACGUUAUACAACAAAAAUUUGAUAACGAAGCCAGGAAAGUUAAUGUAAUUUAUUCACUUAUGGUUGCAACGGCAGUGAUAUUAAUGUACACAUCAAUUUUUACAAUAAAAGAACGUGAAGAAAGAGCAGCGGCUCUUAAUACUUGGCGACCGUACGAUUUUGAGGAUAAUUAUUUUCAAAUAACAUGGGUGCAUGAAUUUUUUGCUCAUUUAGCAACAGCAACUGUUCAUAUGGCUGUCGAUUCAUUGGUGCCCGGUUUUAUAAUUCAACUUUGCUGUCAAUUACAAAUUUUUGAGUACAGUAGAGAUUUGCAGAAAACAAUUUUUGAAACAAAUUGGUUUUCCCUUUCAAACGAAACAAAAAGAAGUCUGAUAAUAAUGAUGAUUCGAAGUAAAAAGCCGAUAAUAAUUUCAAUUGGUUCAAUUUUAUUUGUAAAUUUAAAUUCCUUCGCAUCGAUUCUGAAAGCUUCUUAUUCGGCAUUCAAUGUACUACAACAUUCUGUAUAGUCUGCGUAUAAAAAGACUUGUGAAAAAUAAAUUUUCAUAAAAAUAUUAUUUAACCCUUUAUACAUUUUUUGUUUCGCAUUUAUUUUCUGUUUGUUAUUUAGUCGAGAAUGUUUAAGUCAGGAAAACUGCGGCAUUGUUAAAUAAUGAACAGUUAAAUUUAGUGGUAUGUAUAUGGAAUAUUACCUUUUCUAUGAAAGCCAUAA